AUUACCUAAAUCCUUCCGGCUGUCCACUGGUGUAAACACUUAUGACGUGAGCGUGAUGAAGUAACAGUGGAUAUGUUAUAGUGGAGCUGGUGUAUCUGUAAUUUAACAGCACUUUUAAAGGUUCAGGAUGCAUUCGCGUAUUUUAUUAAAAGGAACAGCCGCAGCUGUUGCUGCGCGAAGGAUUCGCCAUAUAUUGGGACCCGUGAUGUCAAAAGAAGGUUGGAACUGCAGCGCACAUGAGGUCAAACUCCUGAACACCUCGUCAGGUGACACUGUGAAGAUAGGCGAGAUCUCGUAUGUGCUCAAAUCCCCCAGAAAUCCAGAACUUGUGCCAGUAAAUCAUAUGUUGGAGGCUUUGCCACAAAUGAUUACCCAACACCUUCGCUGGAUAAUGCAGAAGGACCUUCUCGGACAGGACGUGUUUCUCAUUGGUCCUCCUGGUCCUCUGCGGCGUUCAAUUGCCAUGCAGUACCUGGAAUUAACAAAGCGAGAGGUGGAAUAUGUUGCCCUGUCCAGAGAUACUACAGAAACUGAUCUCAAACAGCGCAGAGAGAUCCGCUCUGGAACUGCUUUUUACAUAGACCAGUGUGCUGUCCGAGCUGCAACUGAGGGUCGGAUUCUGGUGUUGGAGGGGCUGGAAAAGGCAGAGAGGAACGUGUUGCCAGUUCUCAACAACUUGCUGGAGAAUCGAGAGAUGCAGCUAGAAGAUGGACACUUUCUCAUGUCAGCACAGCGCUAUGACAAACUCCUGGAGGAGCACACUAAAGAUGAGCUGGAUGCAUGGAAGAUUGUUCGGGUGAGUGAGGAUUUUCGAGUCAUUGCUCUCGGCCUGCCUGUUCCCCGAUACAAAGGAAACCCGCUGGAUCCACCGCUCCGCUCCCGCUUCCAGGCCAGAGACAUCUACUACCUUCCCUUCAAGGACCAGCUGGAGCAUCUAUACACUAUUGGACCAAAUGUGUCUCCUGAAAGGGUGUCCCAGCUCUUGUCUUUUGCCACCACACUUUGUUCUCAAGAGUCUGCCAGCUUAAGCCUGCCUGAUUUCCCUAUGGACAAUCUUCCAUCUGCCCUCGCAGUUCUAAACCUGUUUCCCAUGCUGUCAGCACAGCAGCUGGUCCAGAGGCUUUACCCAUAUGAGGUCAUGCUGGGAAAAGAAGGCCGUACCGCCGUAGAGGGGGUGCUCAGUAGGUUUGAGUUGACUGACGGGAGCAAGAAACCUUCCCCGAAUGCAGUGUUGAGCGUUGAGCCUGUGAAUGGAGAUCACGCAGGACGGGCAGAAGUCACCCUCAACAUAGCCAACCAGAACAUCACCUUUCAGGUUCCUUCAGGGACGCGGCCGAUUCGCCCACCCAACAGCAGUCCCGCGUUCAUCGGCACCCCCACCCACGACCGCCUGCUGGCUGAGAUGAUGCAGUCCCACCUCGUCAAAGACAUUUGUCUGAUCGGAGCCAAGGGUUGUGGCAAAUCUGUGAUUGCAAGGGAAUUUGCUGAAAUGCUGGGCUACAGCAUUGAACCAAUUAUGCUUUAUCAGGACAUGACUGCGCGGGACCUCCUCCAGCAGAGGUACACCCUGCCUAAUGGAGACACGGCCUGGAGGGCCUCCCCGCUGGUCACUGCUGCUCAGGAGGGCAAGCUGGUGCUGCUGGACGGCAUCCACCGUGUCAACCUGGGCACUCUGGCUGUGCUUUCCAGGUUGCUGCAUGACCGAGAGCUGGCUCUGUACGACGGGACUCGACUACUGAGGUGGGACCGUUACCAGACUCUAAAAGACGAACUACAGCUCACUGACAAGGAGCUGCAAGACAGAUCCAUCUUCCCAAUCCACCCGUCAUUCCGGAUCAUCGCCCUAGCGGAGCCGCCUCAGAUCGGCAGCACCACGCAGCAGUGGCUCGGCCCAGAGAUCCUCACCAUGUUUCUCUUUCACACCAUCAAACCACUGGGGAAGGCUGAGGAAACAGCCGUUAUCCAGGGCAUGAUCCCAAAUGUUCCCAAAGAAGCAGUGGAGCAGCUGCAACACCUGACUCACAGCCUGAGAAAGUCCAAUGAUUCAACGGCCCUGUCCCUUGCUUCUUCAUUGUCCACCAGGCAGCUGCUGAGAAUCUGUCGGCGUCUUUCCCAGUAUCCACAGGAGAGUGUUGCUCACGCUGUGAACAAAGCCUGUCUGUCCAGGUUUCUGCCCAGCCUGGCUCGCUCGGCUCUUCAGAAGAGUCUGGCGAACUCCUCAAUAGAGGAUCAGCCUGACCCAGCAUUAGAACAGAGCCACCUCUACACCUGCACAGUAAAAGAUGGACUUCUUACCAUUGGGAACGUCUCAGCUCCGGUCUACAGCCCUGAUGAGAAGAUGAAGGUCCCGGAUGUGCUCUUUUAUGAGAAUGUUCAGCACAUGAUGGUCAUGCAGGACAUGCUGAAAGACUUCCUGUUGGGGGAACACCUGCUUCUUGUCGGGAACCAGGGCGUUGGGAAAAACAAGAUUGUUGAUCGAUUCUUGCAUCUGAUGAACAGACCGAGAGAAUAUCUCCAGCUUCACAGAGACACUACAGUCCAGACUUUAACACUGCAGCCCUCUGUGAGAGAUGGCAUCAUCAUCUAUGAAGACUCUCCAUUGGUUAAAGCUGUGAAGAUGGGACAUAUCCUGGUAAUAGAUGAGGCUGAUAAAGCUCCCACAAAUGUCACCUGUAUCCUGAAGACAUUGGUGGAGAGUGGAGAGAUGAUCCUGGCAGAUGGAAGAAGAAUAGUGUCAGAUCCACUGGAAGCAGCCGGAAGGCCUAAUGCAAUUCCCAUGCAUCCAGACUUCCGCAUGAUUGUUUUAGCAAACCGACCUGGCUUUCCGUUUCUAGGAAAUGACUUCUUCGGAGCACUUGGGGACAUAUUUAGCUGCCAUGCAGUGGACAACCCCAAACCUCAGGCUGAGUUUGCCAUGCUGAAGCAAUAUGGGCCUGAUGUUCCCGAUGCAAUCCUCCAGAAACUGGUGGCUGCAUUCGGAGAGCUCCGAGCCAUGGCUGACCAGGGAACAAUCACCUACCCCUACUCUACACGAGAAGUGGUCAACAUUGUAAAACACCUGCAGAAAUUUCCAGACGAGGGUCUGGCCAACGUGGUGAGGAACGUGUUUGACUUUGACUCCUAUAACAAGGACAUGCGUGAGGUGCUGAUCACAGCGCUGCACAAGCACGGCAUUCCCAUCGGAGCCAAACCCAGCAGCGUGCACCUGGCCAAGGAGUUACCAUUGCCUGACUGUAAGAUGGCAGGUUACUGGACCAUCAGUCAGGGUGGAAGUACACGACGAAAGCUGCUGUGUCCAACAGAGUCCCAUCGAAUAGAUUUUAAGGGCCCAGUGUUUCUGCGUGUUCAGAGUUAUCCUGCUGAGAGGCAUGAGUCCAGAUCUAUGAGCUUCACUGAGGAACAGGCUCACUGGCAAAUCCCCAUGAACGAGGUCAACAUUGUCUGCGACGUCACCACUGCUAACGACUCUAUUUAUGUGGCCACAUGCAACCCGGUGUCACUGUAUGCUAUGAAGGAGAAAGGAGACUCCGUCCAGUGCAUUGAGCUCUAUGACAUCUUCCCCCGGACCAUCAGUGGAGUCUGGCAGCCUUUUGUGUCUGUGGCGGCACUGGGCAGCCCGCUACAGGACCAGGUGGUGCUUCAUGAAGAACAGGGCAACACAGUGCUGCAUCUGGACCUGGUCACCGGUGCUGUGAGGAGACUGAUCCUGUCUCAGGACAAACAGGAGGAACCACCACGCAAGACCUCAAACUGGUGGAGCAACAAAGAGAGUCAGCCAGCAUACAAAAUGUGCAAGGAGUUUUCCCACAAGAACUGGCUUCUCUUCUACAAAGAAAAUGGGAGUCAGCUGGAUGUUGUUGAUGUGCUAGAAGGUCAGGUUCACACAAUCUCCCUCCCCAUCAAUCUCAAAGCUGUGUUCCUGGUGGCUGAAGACCGCUGGCUUCUUGUUGAGAGCAAGACUGACAGGAAGUUCCUGUUGACAAAGCCCAUGCACAUGGGCGCAGAGGACACGGGAGUGUGCCAGCUGCACGCCAUCAGUGAAGAUGCUGUUAACACCGGCUUUGGCACCAGCUCAGGGAUGGAAGUCACAGCUCCUCAGGAGGUAUCGAAUGAACAGCUGCCCAAUGAGAACCUCAGCACUGCCCUGGGCCAGAAGAUCGUCUCUCCCAACCGCAUCCUUUGUGACACUAACAGCUAUGCUAAUGUGAUUGUGGGCUUCCCAGAUCUCAUGUCCUCAAAUGAAGUGUACAGCUUUAAGAGAUCUUCGCCAAUAACAGAGGGACGGGGGCCUGAUAUGUUUUUUGGGUCAAGUAAGCGAACCGGGCCAGCAAAGAGGGUCAACUGUGUCUGUCUGUUAUGUGCCAAUCAAAUAGUCCGAGCACUGCCCCCUUCACAAGUCCCACUGACUGAGAUCUACCCAAAAGAUGUCACACCUCCCAUGACUGCUGCUUACCUGGAAGUGACAGACCUGAACUCUAAGAAGCUCAAAUACAUUCCAGUGCCGAGGAGCGGCUCCAUGUCUCCCUACACUGUGUGGAUCUCAAAGGUCUCCGACACAGAUGUAGUGAUGGCUCCUCUGGGCUCUGGUGGAGUGGUGACUGUGGACAUGGGAGGCUAUGUCAGAUUAUGGGAAACAGGCCUUGACAACCUGCAGCGCUCUCUGCUGGAGUGGAGGAACAUGAUUGGAUCGGAGGAUGGCAGGCCAAUCCAGAUUACCAUUCAGAGAGACAGUGGACUAGAUGUCAGUUCCCCCAAACACGGCAAGAUUGACCCAAAAAAUGCCCCUCAUGUAGGAGGGAACCAGUGGGCUGGAGGCACAGGAGGCAGAGAUACAGCCGGUCUUGGAGGGAAGGGAGGCCCCUACCGUCUGGACGCCGGACACAAAGUUUACCAGAUCUCUCAGGCGGAGAAGGACGCCGUGCCCGAUGAGGUGAAGAGAGCAGCGCGGGAGAUGGCGGAGAAGGCUUUUAAGCAGAGGCUCAAGGAAAUUGAGAUGAGUGAGUAUGAUGCCACCACGUACGAUCGUUUCUCAGGAGCGGUCAGACGACAGGUCCAGUCGCUCCGCAUCAUUCUGGACAGUCUACAGGCUAAAGGGAAGGAGAGGCAGUGGCUGAGGAAUCAGGCUCUGGGUGAACUGGACGAUGCUAAGAUCAUUGAUGGCCUGACAGGAGAGAAAGCCAUUUAUAAACGCAGAGGAGAGCUGGAGCCAGAGUUGGGGUCUCCUCAGCAGAAGCCGAAGCGUUUACGUCUGCUCGCGGACGUCUCUGGCAGCAUGUAUCGCUUUAAUGGAGUAGACGGCCGUCUGGAGCGCUCCAUGGAGGCCGUGUGUAUGGUGAUGGAGGCUCUUGAGAACUACGAGCACAAGUUUAAGUAUGAUAUUAUGGGGCACUCUGGAGACGGUUUCAACAUAGAACUGGUCAGAUGUGACAAAGUGCCCAAGAACAACAAGGAGAGGCUGAAGGUUUUGAAGACCAUGCAUGCCCACUCGCAGUUCUGCAUGAGCGGAGACUACACGCUGGAGGGCACCGAACACGCCGUGAAGGAGCUGGCACGCGAAGAAGCCGACGAGCAUUUCGUCAUCGUGCUGAGCGACGCCAACCUGGAGCGCUACGGGAUCAGCGCCGACCGGUUUGCGCGUGCCCUCACCAGUAACCCGCAAGUCAAUGCCUUCGCCAUCUUCAUCGGUUCCUUAGGAGACCAAGCGGACAGGCUCCAGAGGACUCUGCCGGCCGGACGAUCUUUUGUCGCUAUGGACACCAAGCAGAUUCCUCAAAUCCUUCAGCAGAUUUUCACAUCCACCAUGCUGUCCAAUGCCUAAGAGAACAACAGUUGGGCGAAUCACACUGAACUUGACAUAUAUUAACGUUAUGAAAUUGUUAUUGUACUGACAUUCUUUAAAGCUCAGAAUGACAGUAAUAAGAAUCCCCAUUUAGAAUAAAUGGAAUUAUAAAAAGCUCAAAAGUAAAAUGUUCAUAAAAACAGGAAAAAAAGUUUAAAAAUUACUGACGUUUAUUUAUGCUAAUUGAAAAUAAUAGUAAUAAUACUUGUAUUACAAUAUAUAUUUUUAAUACAAUAAAACGUUUGGAAUUCUCAUUCUAAAUGAGAAUUCAAAUUGGGAAUAAUUGGAAUUACAGAAAAAAAACGGUACAAAUAAAAUACAACCGACAUUCGUGUAUACUAAUUUAAAAAAAAAAUGUUCUAAUUUAAAACUACAAUAUUUUUAAUGCAAUAAAAAAUCUGAAUGACAUCAAGAAAGAAGUAAAAAGUUAUGGUGAUGAGGGGGAUUAUGCUUAUUUGACAUUAGCAUUUAUCUAAAUACAUUUUUUUUGUGACCUGGACAUGUCAAAAAAGACCAGAGACCUGUCUGCACUUGUCAUGCUUUGUGUAUGGACUAUACUGCAUAGAAAUCCAUAGUAAUUCUGUGAUGCAUCAGGACUGAACUGUAUGAGCCUAGAAUGUUUGCACAUAAAGUACAUAAAGUGUUUAUAAUUUUUGAUUUUUUAUUUUUUUUAUUUUGACAGUAGUUGUUUUAACAUAUUCUAUGAGCUUUUAACAUAUUCACACAUAUGCCUAAAUGUCUAUCCAUGCUGUGUUAAGACUAUUUUAUGAGGUGAUUGCAUUAAUUUGAUUGUGUGUUUAACAGUGCUGGGCGACAUAGUCAAAUAUAUAUUGAUGCACUUCGAUCAUCUUGAGUAUAUCUCAAAAUGUACUGUAUGUAUUUGCUCUGAAAUUGUUUAAAAUAAGAAUUAUUUUAACCAAACAUUUGCUAAUAGAUUCUAUACAUUUAACACUGGAACUAAAUUGGAACUCAAGGUAAAUACAUGAAAAAAAUGUAAUAUUCAAAUUACAUUAUUAUAAUGCUGUCAGUCGAUUAAAAAAUUAAUUUGCAAAUUUUUUCUGAAUUUAAAUGGCAUUUAAUCACAAUUAAUCCCACUUAAUAUUAAAGUUUUUAAAUAUAAUUUUAUAUUGCAAUAAUUUCACAUUCUUCAAAUUACGUAGAGUCAACAUAAAGGCAGUAUAAUUUUAAUAUUUGGUGAGUUUCGCUGAUACCAAUAUUACUGAUGUCUCUAGGAACACCUUUUUUUUUUUCCUAUUUAACCAUUGACUAUAGCCAUUCAGCAUUACAGUAUAAUUGAGAGCUAUCGUUUUAAACAUUUAAAAAAAAUAACAACAAAUAAAAACAAUCUUCACAUAAUCUGAUUAUUUACCUGCGCCCUCCAGAAAGUAGGAAAUACACAGAAAUUGAAUAAAGUUAUCAAACGAUAAAUACUAUAUUAAGUAUAGAUGAAUCCUUAAAGCUACAAAAGUUAUUGAUCUCCUUUUUUUUUCUUUUGUUUUUUGAUUAACAAGACAUCACAGCAGCUGACUUAUUAGAUUAUUUUGGCUGCUAUUACUUUAAGAGCUGCCGCUGCUAAACGUGACGCUGAUCUGACAUGCAUGACACUCGUAAUUUCAUUCAAUAUAAAAUAAUAAGGUGCGUGCAACUGAAGCGAGCUAUGAGCACAGUAUAAUGGCUGACAGGACAGGUAAAUUGGUUUUUACUAACAUAAGGCCUGACUCACUCAUUUGACUAGCGCCUGGUGUUGAGGCGAAGUGGAGUGCGUGUCUGAAAGUCUCCCGUAUGAUGUGGUUGUACAAAAAGUUAUGCAUCUAAAUAAACAUACUUCUUGUCAAGAAAAAAAAGAGACAGAAGCACCAGUUGUGAGUGGGGUGGCAAACCCUAGCCCCACCCCUGCGUUAAAUAUUUUAAUUGCCGAUAAAUGAAAAAAAAAAUUGCCUGUGUCAACGCAUUAA